AUGUCCAUAAGGCCAUCAAAUUUCUAUUAUCCAAUUUCUGGAGUGGAUGCUGAAAGACUAUUGAAUACAUGUGGUACUGAAGGAUCAUUUCUAGCUCGUCCCAGUGGAUCCAGUCCAUCCAACUACACAUUGUCUGUUCACAGAGGUGAUCGUAUCAAACACGUCAAAAUACAGAAUAAUGGAGACUGCUUGGAUUUAUACGGCGGUGAAACGUUUGCAUCACUUUCAGAGCUUGUUCAGUUUUACGUCGAAAAUCCAGGCCAGCUGCGAGAAAGGGAUGGUGAAAUCAUUGUUUUAAAAUGUCCUUUGGUAAUACCUCCAACGGAAGCCGUCGGAUGGGCUUUUUCUCGUCCUUCCACAGAAAGGUGGUUUCAUGCAGGUUUAUCGGGACCUGAAGCAGAACGAUUGCUUCUUGCUGAAGGCAAACAUGGAACAUACUUGGUGAGAGAAAGUCACAGCUCACCAGGACAAUUCGCUAUUUCAGUGAAAGCUGCAGAUGACAAAGUGAUACACGUAAUGAUUUACAGUAAGAGUGAUAAAUUUGACAUUGGUGGCGGAGCUACAUUUUCUACAAUCAGCGAACUUUUGGAACAUUACACGAGGAAUCCAAUGGUAGAUCAAGCAGGAACAGUUGUUAAUCUUAAACAGCUCCUUCCGUCAACUCGUGUUCCAGCAACAAGUAUUGAUAUACGUUACCAGCGACUUGAGCAAAUUAAUCGUGCCACAGGAAAAGAUGGAUUUGCAGACGAGUUUGAGAGGUUACAACAUCAAGAACCCACUCAGUUCGUGAGCCGACGUGAAGGGAAAAAGAUAGAUAAUGUGUGUAAGAAUCGCUAUAAGAAUAUCAUACCAUAUGAUCAUACUCGAAUUGUUUUAAACAUCAAUGAUGCAGAUUCUAGUGAUUAUAUCAAUGCAAAUCACAUCGAGGUUCUUGGCGAUGAAUAUCAGGAUUUUGCUGGUUUGCAUCGAAGCUACAUAUCAACACAAGGUUGCUUACCGAACACUAUUGAUGAUUUCUGGAAUAUGGUUUGGCAGCAAAAUUCACGAAUUAUCGUUAUGACAACAAAAGAAAUAGAGAGAGGAAGGAUCAAAUGUUGCCGAUAUUGGCCUCUGAAAAACGAGGUAGAAAAGUUCGGAAAAAGUGGCGAGUUGAUCCUUAAGUCGAUACAGGAAGUUGGAAAUCCGGACUACACAAUGCGUUUGAUCCAGUUCAUGAAUUCAAGUUAUGAUAAUGAGGUUCGAUUGAUAUGGCAUUUCCAGUUCCUUGGUUGGCCAGACCAUGGCUGUCCCACAGAUCCCAGAACUGUUUUGCAUUUUCUUGAGAAAGUGAAUGAGUGUGAGGAACACCAAUGUGACGAAAAUGCAGGUCCAAUCAUUGUACACUGCAGUGCUGGUAUAGGUCGUACUGGAACGUUCAUUGUAAUUGACAUUCUCCUUAGCCAAAUUAAACGUUUAGGGCCACAUUGUCAAAUAGACAUUCCACGUACUGUGCAAAUGGUUCGUGAGCAGCGGUCAGGUAUGGUACAGACCGAACAACAGUAUCGCUUUGUAUAUCAGGCUGUAUCGCAUUAUAUGGCUGUAAUUAAUCGAAAGCUUAAUUCUGAACGUAGGGAACGAUGCAGUUCUCGCUUCUCGAGCGGAUCAAAUCCGGACACGCCACUUUUUGUUCAUAGCCCACUAACUUUUAUGGCACAAACAAGUCCCCUUUCCAAAAACUCCGGUGUAUUAAAUACUCCAACACCCGUAAAUGAUUGCGGACGCUACUAUUCAAAUACAGAUUCCAGAUCUGUGGUCCUAUCGGCGAAACCACUGAAAUUAGCACCGCCGCCUUUGUCUAAAAAACGUGCCAGUGUUGGAGAAGAUGUGAAAAAUUCUACUGUUGCAGUAAUUAAUGAAAAUUUUUCGUAA